AUGCCGGGUAGGGACGGACGAUCGUUUGAUAGAUUGGCUGAGGAGGACUAUGAAAGGAUUAUUGCUGAUCCCAGGGUUAAGGGCGAAAAAGGUGAAUGUGAACGCAGCAACAGCCUAGAUCAACUCCCGGCCUACAAUUCUGAAGUACACUCCCAACACAGCAAGGGCCCGAAAGGUGAUCGUGGAGACCAAGGACCCCCAGGCCCACCCGGACCCCCGGGAAUCGAUGGAAAUUCGGGAGCAGGCUCCUCCUCCUCUUCCGGCCCUGCCACUGCCCCAAUCUUCCAGACAACCGUUGAUCUGUUCGGACUUGGCCGUCAUCUUCGUGAGGGCAGUCUAGCCUUUGUCACGUCAUCUCAGCAGCUCUUCAUUCGAGUCACAAAUGGUUGGCGGGAAGUUAUGCUCGGUCAAUAUCAUCCGAUACUCGAGGCUCGUCCAUCUACGGAAACCCCACCUAUCGAGACGCAGAAACAACCGAUGGCCGAGGAGCCGAGAGUCCAGAAUCCUGUGCGAAAUUCGUACUACUAUGAUCAUCAACUGCCGGCGGGACAUCCACAGGAGAAAGAGAGGGUGCUUCACCUGAUCGCCCUAAAUCAACCAAUGUCGGGACGUAUGUCCGGUCUUCGAGGUGCUGAUCUCCAAUGCUAUAAAGAAGCGCGCCAGGCCGGCUUUUCAACGACUUUCCGCGCAUUGUUGAGCAGUAAAACACAAGACCUCGUGAACAUUGUGCACAAAGUGGAUCGCGGUACCCGUGUGGUGAAUGUGGAUGGAGAAGAGCUGUGGCCAUCGUGGGAUGGACUGAUCGAGGGUAGACCACCAGCCGAUGGCGUCGCUCUACAGUCAUUCCAUCGUCAAGACGUCUUCCAAUCAUCUGAAUGGUCUGAUCGCCGUGUCUGGCACGGAUCGGUGGAUGGCGGCCUCCGAUCGUCGGAUCUUCUUUGUGAUGGCUGGAGGACUGGUAGUGCAUGGGAGAACGCGCUCGCGUCACCUUUGGAACGCGGGAUGCCGUUGUUGAUUGUGCUCUGCGUCGAGAACAUGUCGAAAUACAACGUCGACCGCAUCCUCGCCAAGAAGAACGUCCACGAACGAGAC